UUCAGAGCACGACCGGUGCCUAAAAAUCUUUUUUCUAACUAUAUUUAUGACAGAAUGAAAGAAGAUGAAUUUUUCAGGUCUAUGAACAAACGCAUUAGGGCUGAGGAAAUGUUGCGUAAUGCUCACUACCCAGGCAACAUGGCUGCUAGAGAUCGGAGUCGCUUGUCAACCCCAGCUGCUCAUAGCGAUCUUCCGAUAGACCCGUCACCAGCUGUGCCAUCUAUAACAUCGUCUGAUAGGCAGAGAUGUGCCAGUCCUACUAAAGAAAGAAAGAAAAAUAAAUGCCGAGAGGAGUUUAUUACUACAAGUCCACAGCCAUUUCGUUUUAACACUGCUGAUAGGGCUGCAAAGAAGAUGGAAAAUCUCACAAAGAAAAUUUAUCAAGAAAGUCGAAGCUCUGAGAGUGUUAGAGACAGUGCCGAUUGUGUAGGGGCUCGUGCAUACUCAGCUUUAGAAUUAAGAGAAAAUACUGCUACAGGAAGAUCUAACUUAGCAGCAUUAUUGAGAGCAGAAGCUGUUCGCAGAAAGUUUGAAAUGGAUGCUGCUAGGCGGUUAGCGGAAAAACGUCGGAGAGCGGAGAUGAAGCAACGCGAUCACCUUUUACGGUCAAAGCCUGCGUGGCAUCUCGUGAAAAACAAUCAUGAAGAAGACAUCGCAAUUCGUCUGCAAACACGGCGCGAUGAAGAGAGAAUGAGACGCGAAGAAUUUUUGCAUGAAAUGGAACUGAUGUAUGGCAGAGUGGAGCAACAGCCCAUGUUGUUUGAGAGGUACUACGCACCGAGAUCUUGCUCAGUCGCGACGGACACCUUGCAACUCUCCCCUAGGAAGGCAAAGAAACGCAGCAAAACCAAAUAUCACUACAACAGCCCGAAUCGGUCGCGUAAAGUCUCUAUAAACGAUAACGUUGAAAGCUACAGCGAUGACGUCACAGAAUACUUGAACAGAAUCGAUCUAGAUGAUAAAUACACAGAUUCAGAUCUUAUUGAGAGUGUCGAAAGGGCUAAAUUAUGAAAUGCAACAUGAAUAAAGAAGGUUUAUUAUGGUAGCGUCAUAGAGACAAACAAACUAAUACUUAAAGUUCC